AUGGAUGCCUAUCUCAAAGUCGUUCGCGACUUAUCCCAGAAGUUCGAGUUCUUCGAGCUCGUCAAGAUUCCACGAAGCGACAAUGCUCCAGCUGAUGCGCUCGCAACGCUUGCUUCCACAUCAGACCCCGAUCUCCGCCGAAUAAUACCUGUGGAGAGCAUCGAUCGCCUAAGCAUCGGCAUCAAUUCGCUGUCCCUUGCUCCUGUCACAUUCCCUGAAGUCGAGUCCUCAGCACAAGUACCGGCAGAUUCGAACAACGUCUUUGCAGUACCCGCGGCAGCUCCCGCAACAUCACCGACCCCGGUUUUAUCACCCCCAGCUCAAACUCCUAAUACUUCCACCGAAGACGAUUGGCAAACUAAGAUUAUCGCCUACAUCGCUGAUGGGAUAAGCCCAAAGGAUAAGUGGGAAGCUCGACGAUUGCGCGCUAAAUACGCCCAAUACACGAUGUUGGAUGGCAACUUAUUCUGUCAUGACGCUAAUGGCGCCCUCCUCGUCUGCAUCAACAAAAAGGAUGCCAACGACAUCAUUCGGGCGGACGCGCUUUGGCACUUUGAAUCCGUCGCAAUGAUCAUUUCUGGCCAACUAUGA